CCCUUUAUUGGGUGAAACACCAUUCCUGGGUGGAGUCACCUUCCUUCCGUGUAGGCCUCCGUAGACUAUGCAGUGUUACUCAGCCAGAGGCAAUUUAGUGGAUGUAUUCACUGGCAGGAUAAUCAGGAUAAUCCAUUUUUCUGCUGUGCCUGCCAACGUUGAGAACUUUUGGUGUGAAGAACAAGCUCAAACUCUCGUCGGAGCAUCUCUCACCCAUGAAGAGAGUCGUACCAGUGGAUUGGAGGGAGGCGAAUGUUGUUCCUCUUUUCAAGAUGCUGGUGAAAUGAUGGUACUCACCAUUGGCCUUGAAGAUAGUUACCAAAGAUUUAGCAAUCUCCGGAUUUCCCUUUGGCUACUGUUAUUUCAAAUGGACAGCAAGUCAAGGAAUCUCCAGAGAGUCCUGCACAUCAUGUUAUCAUGCAGGGAGGCCCCUGUUCGGGAAUCACAAGCACAGAACUCACUUGAAGCACAUUUUGCCAAGCAAGUAGGAAGUGCCAGGAAGAAGUAUAAAAUUGCUCCACCAUCAGUUACAGGAUCUCCUGAUUUUGAAAGAAUAUUUCGUGCACAGCAGAACUCUGUUGAAUUUUAUCCCAUGUUCUUGGUUGUAUUUUGGACUUCUGGAAUGUUCUUUAAUCAAGAAAUCACCUCAAUCUUGGGUCUUGUAUAUCUGUUUAGUCGACACAUGUACUUUACUGGAUAUGCAGAGUCAAUGAAAGGAAGGAUUCCUGGAUUCAAAAUUGGUAUCGCAGUGUUGUUCAUACUGUUGGGUCUUAGUUCUGUCGCGAUCAUAAAUUGCAUGAUGGACGAGUAUUUUGAUUUCAACAUAGCUAAAAAGAUCAGCAAAUUGUUUCCAUAAUGUGAAAGCUGUUGACUACAAAAGGGAAUAUUGCUUUAAAAUGAUUAUUAUGAAGACAUUCUCUGAAGCCAUUCUGUGAUUUUAUGUGUGACUUUAAAAUGGUAAAAUAAAAACAGCACUUUUCACAUCAUCUAGGCUUUUUAAAAAAUCUAAUGUUCAUUUAUGUACACAACCUUACUUUGUAACUAUUUAGUUAGUUGCAUUUUUAACAAGCUCAGGUAAAUUAGCAUUAAUUUUCUUGCAGUCAUUUUCAAAUCCAAAUAUUUACAUUCAGUUUCACACACAUUUUAUACCAUUAACAUUUCCACAGGAGAGGUGAUGGCCUAGCAGUAUUAUCACUAGACUAUUAAUCCAGAGAUCAAGGCUAUGUUUUGGGGACCUGGGUUCAAAUCCUGCUAUGGACAGAUGGUGAAAUUAGAAUUCAGUUUUAAAAAUCUGGAAUUUACAAAGCUUUUCACUGUGCCUCCAUACACGUGACAAUAAAUUCAAUUCAAUUCUAUGAUGACAAUGUAACCAUUGCCAGAGCAAAUUACUGCAGAUUUUGGAAUCUGUACUGGAAUCACAGUGGGUCAGGCAGUAUGCUUAGAGAGAAAGCAAUAUAACAUUUUGAGUCUGGAUGACUUUUCAGACCAGCUGUGAUCUCUUUGUUUUAAGUAUGAAACCAUUGUUGAUUGAUGGAAAAACCACUCUGGUUUCACUAACGUCCUUUAGGAAAGGAAAUUGCGAUCCUUAUCUGGCCUACAUGUGAUGCCAGACCCACAGCAAUGCGGUUGACACUUAACUGCCCUCUGGGCAAUUAGGAAUGGGUAGUGAAUGCUGCUGUAGCCAUGACACACUCAUCCCUUCAAAGUACAGGUGGAGUUUACUAUCUUCAGGCCAUUUGCUAUGUUUAUCCUACGCUCAAGUCUGAACUCAAGUCUACACAUGGUCAUGUACUGAUGAAGUGUGGCUGAGAUGGCAUUCCUUCCCAAUGGUGGUUAUUUUUGGAAUACUUUCUGAAGGCUAAAGACUUUAGUGAGGUGCAUUGCACCCAUCAGAUGCAGCUUGUCAGCCAUUCACUGCGAUAACUUCUCAUCACGCCUGUCUGGUGUGGGGCUUGACUUCAAGUCUUUUGUCUUAAAAGCCAAUAAUACUAUCGCUGAGACACAAACAGCAACUGAGAUGCAUGAAGUAUUUUGUUGCAGGAAAAUUAUUGACGCGGAAACACCUUCCUCUUCUUGAAGUAGUCUCAUAGGACCCAUUACAUCCACCUCAGGAAGAAUUUGCCUCACGUAACAUCUGAUCUUGAAAAAUGUAGCAUUUCCAACAGUUUUGUGCCAAAGUGCUGGCCCACGCGCUUAAUCUUGAAUCGAGUUCAUAUUCAGAACUGUGUCACAGCCACAACUUCUAAAGUUGAAGGCAAGUGUAUUACACAUUGAUGAAACCUGUUCCUCUAGAAACAUUGUCAGAUUAAAACCUUCAGGAUAAAGAAAUGCUUCCAAUCUCCAUGUCACGUGAUGCAAAAUAAAUUAAACUGUCACUGUAGACAGGAGGUAUUCUACACCUCCAUUUAAAGAAUUUGCAAAGUAUUUUGUAAGAGAUCAGCUCAAAAACACAAUUUCAUUUUUACUGAAAAACAAUAUUUCAUUCCUGACUGAAUAAAAACAUUAAUUAAUUUUCCUCCUGGAUCUCAAUUGCACCGAUACAAUUGUUCCCUUGGCCAUGCAUCUUAGGAUAGUUUUGAUUAUAAAUAUGUAAAUGUAAGCUAGGUUUAACAUGUCUUUUCAGUGUCUUAUUUUUCUACAACAUCAUUCUGUGUAUUGUGAACGUUCUGCUUAAAUAAACAUUUAGAUUCCAGGAUUCAAAAUAAAAUAGUAUAGAUACUAGAAAUGUGAAAUCAGAAAAUGCCAGGAAUAUUCACCAGGGCAGGCAGCCACUUUAGAGAGAGAGGAACAGAGUUGACAUUUUCAUCAAAAAACCGAAAGAGCUGCGGAGGCUGGAAAUCAGAAGUUGCUGGAAAAAUUCAGCAAAUCCAGCAGCAUCUGUGGAGAGAAAACAUUAAAAUUUUCAGGCCCAGUGACACUUCUUUAGAAUUGAUUGAAGGGUCACUGGACCCGAAAUGUUAACUGUUUUCUCUCCACAACUGCUGCCAGUCCAGCUGGGGUUUUCUAGUGUGGUCAUACUACAGCUUUAAGAGGUGUACUUGGUCCUGUUUUUGUUUUCCUGAAGAGUGGUUGAGACAAAAGGUGAAGAGCAGUCUGUCCAAGCCAGUCAAGUAAACAGCUUGUGAGGCCUUGGGUUUUUAAAGUUGGAACAAUAUAAGCAGCCUGAUGGGGUGAGGUCAAGCUCCCACAGAUCCAGGAUUUUAGUUUAACUUUCAGCAGCUGUUAGGGUUUGGAAACUGCGAUACAUCUUUCCCUGUGACAGCAAAACACUUGAGUUCUUUCACUCUCUAAGUUUUCUCUUGAUGUUCUUUCCUCCUGGACUGGAGAAUUGCAUGUGAGACAGUCUAUUUUGUUGAAUUUGUCUUUGUCAAAGAUUUGUUUAUGGAAUGUUAUUAUCUUGGAACAGUUGCUGUUUGGUAAUUAAAUAAUCUAUUAU